CGGCAGCUGCCCGUCAGUCUCUCCUCCUGCUUCUCCGCGCGGCCUUCGCUGAGGGGAGCCGACCGGCCGGCGGGACACGGAUCGAGGGCUGCCCGUGCUGCGAGGACGUGACACGCGUCGUGAGAAUUUUUGCCAUGUUUUGGAAUGUGGGUCCUUCGAAAUGUGUCUUGCCCCUACAGCUUUGUCUGCUGGGUUUUGCAUGCUCUGUGUGGGCCAGCUCAGGAGCCUUGUCACAGACUUCUAUCACAGCGGAUUCCUUCCUGCAAGACCUCUUCCUCCGGUAUGGCAAACAUGACAAGCUCACUUUGCAGCAGCUCAAAUCCCUGUUGAAUCGCCUUGAUGUGGGAGUUGGAAGGAACAACAUUAGUCGCACAGAGCAGCAGCGUAGAAACAUAUCAUCGUGCUUCAGUUCCUCAGAGAUCUUUGCAACCCACAAUCUGAGUGAAGACUCCAGCCUUGGCAAGAGUGAAUUCCGAGAGUUCUGCCCAACCAUCCUGCAGCAGCUGGAGUCAAGGGCAUGCAUGUCUGAAAACCUGGAAGAUGAGGAAGAUGAGAGGACAGAGGAGGGGAAGCCCAGUUCCUCAGAAGUCUGGGGUUAUGGUUUCCUCUGUGUGACUGUCAUCUCCCUCUGCUCCCUGGUUGGAGCCAGUGUGGUGCCUUUUAUGAAGAAGACCUUUUACAAGCGACUGCUCCUCUACUUCAUAGCUCUGGCGAUUGGUACUCUCUACUCCAAUGCCCUCUUCCAGCUCAUUCCUGAGGCCUUUGGAUUCAAUCCUCGGGAAGAUGAUUAUGUCUCCAAAUCCGCUGUUGUCUUUGGGGGCUUUUACUUGUUCUUCUUCACAGAGAAAAUAUUGAAGAUGCUUCUCAAGCAGAAAGACACGAAUCAUCAUGGGCACAGCCACUAUAGCACUGAGACCCUUCCUUCCAAGAAAGACCAGGAGGAGGGGGUCACUGAAAAACUGCAGAAUGGUGACUUGGAUCACAUAAUCCCUAACAAGAAUGGUGACCUGGAAUGCAAGAAUCCAUCUGUUGAUGAGAAGAUUGUUGGCUCCUUAUCUGUUCAGGACCUCCAAGCUUCUCAAAGCACUUGCUAUUGGCUGAAGGGCGUGCACUACUCUGACAUUGGCACCUUGGCUUGGAUGAUCACCCUUAGUGAUGGCCUCCACAAUUUCAUUGACGGCUUGGCCAUUGGUGCCUCCUUCACUGUGUCAGUCUUUCAGGGGAUCAGCACUUCUGUGGCCAUUCUCUGUGAAGAAUUUCCUCAUGAGCUAGGUGACUUUGUCAUUCUGCUGAAUUCUGGAAUGUCCAUCCAGCAAGCGCUGUUCUUCAACUUCAUCUCUGCUUGCUGCUGCUAUGUGGGACUAGCCUUUGGGAUAUUGGCAGGCAGCCACUUCUCUGCCAACUGGAUCUUUGCUUUAGCUGGUGGAAUGUUUCUCUACAUUGCAUUGGCUGAUAUGUUCCCAGAGAUGAAUGAAGUCAGCCGAGAAGAUGAAAGGAGUGGUGGUGCUCUGAUUGCCUUUGCUAUCCAGAACGCAGGACUGCUGACGGGAUUCACCAUCAUGGUGCUGCUUACCAUGUACUCGGGUCAAAUCCAGCUCGGAUAGAGACAUGCAUCUUACUAAUGGAAGGUGUAUGGACUGUGUAAAGCACAGCGUCUUCGCCAAAAAUUACAAAAGGCACUUGAUUAAGCCUGCUUCAUCGAUUCCUUCCUGGUUGACUUGCAGUGACUGAUGUAACUCCUCACUGUUGGGUUAAGUGACCUAAGGACCACUUUAUAGUGCUGCAACAGCAUUCCCUCCUUCACCUUCUGAAGAACUCUGGACAUGGAGGAAAGCUUCUAGCUUCUUUUUACCUCCUUAGGGGACUCAACCAGAGGGAUUCAAAUACCCCAUCAUUCUUGGGCUGACAAUAGACUGCUGUGUACACAGGUCUGUGGCAGUGUGGAUAGCAGAGAGCUCUUCCCACCUCCACCUGCCCAAAUUGCUUGAAGUUAGUAGAUUAGCAUUUUAAAUGGAGUAUUGGUGCUUAGUCAAUUGGUUAGUUGGUUAGGUUUAAAGAUGGCUCAAUUUUAAAAAGGGUAAUAUGGCUGCAGACUUCAGAUAAAAUACAUAAUACAAGAACUUACAAAAAUAAUGGGUGACAGGUAUCCUCUUAGAGAAAGCAUUUGUGUGUGUGUGUGUGAGAGAGAGAGAGAGAGAGAAUGUGCUUGCCAUGGUGUGUGCAUGUAUGAUCUAAACAUGUAAGAAUACUUUUAUUCUAAAAUGCUAUGCUCCAUACAAAUUAUGCAAUAUGAGUAAGGUUCGUAUGACUGACCUAAAAUUUCUUUAAUCAGGUAGCAGUGUUAGUUGUAAACUGUUUGGGACAUAUGGUUUAGGAGUCCUUCUUAACUCCCUCCAUUAUGUUUUUAAGAGUGCCCCUUUUCCUUGGACACUGUGGGGCAAGAUCAACCUUCCUCUUAAUUUAUUCUGUCUUCCUUUUGUUAGCUCUCUGAGUUGCUUCUCUUGAAGGUGAGCUUCUGCAGGGCAAAUGUGGCCAGGGGUGAGUGUAUUUAUUCCCAGCAGUGACUGAGACAUAAAGCAGUUGAUUUGUAUCCUCUGGUUGAUGCGAAGGCCUUGGAGCAGUCUAUGAAAGUGAACCCCAGAUUUGGAUGGGGGUCUUAGGGAGGUUUUCUCCAUGAUUAGACUUUCCCAGAGUCACUAGGUGAACCAAAGUAUGAUUAUCAUAUUGAUAAUAUCAAGUCCUCCAGCUUAAGUGUAGUAAAUUUUCCAUUUGUGAGUGUGUCUCAU